CUUAAAGUUGGUUGCGAUCCGCCAGAAACCGAGAGAAGAAGAAGAAGAAGAGGCCACACAUGCACGUCAGAGAAUGACGUCAGCAACGCCGGACCCGGAAGUGCCGCUUGUUGCUUGUCAACACAGCUGUUGUUAAAGAUGGUGUACGUGUCUAACGGUCAGGUCCUGGACAGCAGGUCCCAGUCGCCAUGGCGACUGUCUCUACUGGUCGAUUUCUUCUGGGGAGCAGUGGAGUUUUUCGGCCUCUUUUUUAAGACAAUACUUCACCCUGACAUGACAAAGGAUGGAAAAAGUGGUUCGUCACGCUUCUCUGAUGGCAGAGGUCCUCCAGGUGCCCCUGGUGGCAGAAGACGGAUGGGAAGAAUUAACCACGGUGCAGGUCCCAGCUCUCCACCAAUGGGUGGAGGAGGAUGAGGAAGGUGA